AUGUCGACACAGGAAAUAGCCGCCAAGCGAAAUCCCGCCGACUCCAUGGUGUCCACCUGGCGCCAUGAUCGAUCCCAGUGGAGUUUCUGGCACUGGAUGAUCGAGCUACUCGGUCUACAUCUCAUCGACCUGAACGGCGAAGUCCCCGUCUUCUCGAAGAAACAGAAGAUCCCCGCCGUCCGAGAAUGGACUCUCCAUCUCUGGAUUCUCUUGCACGCCGCGAUCCCACUGGCCAUCCACCACGCCUACACCGUCUACACAGGCCAAAACCUGAACCUCCUCGCCGCAUUCGCACUAUACUCGUCCGCAUUUAAGCUAAAUGGUAUCCAUGAAAUGCACAUCAUGCGCCGACUGGGCCAGGUAUACGGCUUCCUAGAUGGCGACAAGCACCCUCGCGACGAAAUCCCCGACGUGGGCGUCGGAAAAGUCAUCCGCGAAUUAAUCUCAACCUCCACAUUCCGGAUGAUAAUGGCCAUUUACCUGACCUACCAACCUGCCGAAACACCCUCAACCAUGUCCUAUAAAUGGCUCCCGCUGGAAAUCGGCAUCUACAGCAUAACAGUCGACUUCUGGUUCUACUGGUACCACCGCCUGAUGCACUCAACAGGACCAUUAUGGAAAUUCCACCGCCGCCACCACCUCACAAAGCACCCAAACCCGCUGCUUUCUGCGUACGCAGACCACGAGCAGGAAUUCAUGGAUAUCACCGGCAUCCCGCUGCUGGCAUACGGGACGAUGAAGGCCAUGGGUCUACCGAUGGGAUUCUAUGAGUGGUGGGUUUGUUUCCAGUACAUCGCGUUCUCAGAAUUCAUUGGGCAUAGUGGGUUGAGGAUUCAUGGGGGUGCGCCGUCGACGCUCAACUGGUUGUUGGAGAUCUUUGAUGCGGAGUUGGUUAUUGAAGACCAUGAUUUGCAUCAUCGGUAUGGCUGGCGGAAGAGUCAUAACUAUGGGAAGCAGACGAGACUUUGGGAUCGAGUUUUUGGGACUUGUCAUGAGCGCAUUGAGAGUGUGAAGGAUAAUGUUGAUUAUACAAAUCGGGUUACGAUGCCGCUGAUCUGA